UGUACUACCUGGCAGGAAAAUAGCGAAUGAAAUUGUCCGAAGAAGAAAAAGAAGCUACGAAGAGCGCAUGCCCAGGAUAUUUCUUUCUGACGCGAAGGAAGAAGCAGAAGAUGAGGGCCUUGUGUGUGUUUGCUGUGGUUGCUUUGGUGGCUCUGGUGGCCGGUGAGGAGGGAGCUCGUCUGUUGGCCUCCAAGUCCCUGCUGAACCGUUAUGCUGUGGAGGGCCGAGACCUCACCCUUCAGUACAACAUCUACAACGUUGGGACCAGCGCUGCCUUGGAAGUUGAGCUGUCGGAUGACUCCUUCCCCCCUGAAGACUUCGGCAUUGUCUCUGGAAUGCUGAAUGUGAAAUGGGAUCGCAUUGCACCUGCCAGCAAUGUGUCUCACACCGUUGUGUUGCGUCCUCUUAAGGCCGGCUACUUCAACUUCACCUCCGCUACCGUCAGCUACCUGGCCCAGGAGGGAGGACAGGUUGUGGUUGGAUAUACCAGCGCCCCCGGUCAAGGUGGCAUCCUGGCCCAGAGAGAGUUUGACCGCCGUUUCUCCCCUCACUUCCUGGACUGGGCUGCGUUCGGAGUGAUGACUCUGCCCUCCAUCGGCAUCCCUCUGCUGCUGUGGUACUCCAGCAAGAGGAAGUACGACUCACCCAAGACCAAGAAGAACUAAAGCACACACUCAUAACUCAUAGAGGGAUGGGGUUGGGAUACUGCUAAGGGGGGUUUGGGGUGGGUGGGUUGGGGGGCUUUAAGGUUGACUUUAAGGGGUUGAGUGUUUUUUUUCCGUUUUUUUUUUUCAUCUAAUAAUUUAAUUACCCAUAUUGGGGGUAAACUGUUUCAAAGAUGAUGUAAUUGUUGUGGAUGCUGGAAGAAUGCCCCCCUCCCCCCCUUCUGGGGUUUGGAUUGUAAUACAUUUUGGAUCAAGGUGUGACCUAAAGCCACAUGCCUGAUGGCAUGCCCAGUCGCAGCAAACAUCACUGCUAUCACUCUGAAACACAAUCAUCUGUCUGAAACCCUCUUGAGCAGUGAGGACUGGGGUCAGAGGUACUGUGGACCACUCUCUUGGGUCAGUCUUACAGUGUUUUUUUUUUUGUUGGGAAAUAAACAAGUGGGUUUUCCUAUAAAAAAAAAAAA